AACACAGAGAAAAAAAAGCGGCAGUGGUGAAAAAUCGUUUUAAACCAGUAAAAAGUGCUCAAAAGUAAAAAAAUCAACCGCUGGAUUAUGAAUGGUGCAGCAGUAAUGGGCGGUAACAACGAAUACGCUAACAGUGGUGGUAGCAGCAACAUCAACGACCCAUCACCAGUACGUGAGGACUACCGGAAAGAUGGUUCCGAAGAUCCUUCACCGUCGAAGGCUUCCUCGACUUCAUCGAAACGAGAUAAAGAAAGUCGUGGACGCGACCGAGAUCGCGAUCGGGACCGCGAGCGUGAAAGUCGUGACCGCAGCAGAGACAGAGAUCGCCGUGAUCGACGUGAUCGCGAUCGGGAACGUGUGGACAAGAACACGCUGUUUAGCGCACCAGCUAGCGUCGUAAAAGAGAUAAAAGUACUACCCUAUAUUGCACAACCGGUGUAUGACAUCCGUCAGUCAGGUGAUGUGGUAUUCGGGCCAGGAACAAGAUCCGCCCUUCUCGGCAUCUUGGGAGGGGCCCUUCCACGUUUGACCACCGAGCAGCAUGAACUGGUCACCCGUGCCAAAAAGUACGCUAUGGAACAAAGCAUUAAGAUGGUGCUGAUGAAGCAGACUCUUGCCCACCAACAGCAGCAGCUGGCCAGCCAGCGGACCCAGGUUCAACGUCAACAGGCGUUGGCCCUCAUGUGCAGAGUCUAUGUCGGUAGUAUUUCGUUCGAGUUGAAGGAGGACACGAUCCGAGCUGCUUUCUUGCCGUUUGGUCCGAUCAAGUCGAUCAACAUGUCGUGGGAUCCGAUUACUCAAAAGCACAAGGGCUUCGCUUUCGUUGAGUAUGAAAUUCCCGAAGGAGCGCAACUUGCUCUCGAACAGAUGAAUGGGGCUAUGCUCGGUGGCCGUAACAUUAAGGUUGGUCGCCCAAGCAAUAUGCCACAGGCUCAGCAGGUGAUUGACGAAAUCCAAGAGGAAGCGAAAAAUUACAAUCGUAUCUACAUUGCGUCGAUUCAUCCGGAUUUGACGGAAGAGGAUAUCAAGAGUGUGUUCGAAGCAUUUGGGCCUAUCAUGACGUGUAAGAUGUCGCAGGGUAGCACUGCUCAUACCCACAAAGGAUACGCGUUCAUUGAGUACCAGACGAAUCAGUCGGCGAUUGAAGCUAUCGCCAGCAUGAAUCUGUUUGAUUUAGGUGGACAACUAUUAAGAGUUUGUCGUUCCAUUACUCCGCCGAAUGCGCUGAUGGGCCCGGCAGCUAAUUCGGCGAUGCCAACGGCAGCAGCCGUCGCUGCAGCUGCUGCCACAGCUAAAAUACAAGCUAUGGACGCUGUUGCAACAAACGCCGUGCUAGGCCUAUCGGCAUCAUCGCCAACUCUUAAAGUUGGUCUUGGAACUCUUCCCAUACCCCAAACCAUCACUUCGGCUGCCAAUGUCAAUCUGGUAGCGCAAGCUCAGCUCGCGGCCACCGGUCAGGCGGCUGUAAUUUCGCAGCCUGGAUUGCUCGUUCCACCGGUAACUAAUGUUGCCAGCUUGGCCCCGUCUUUACUGGUCAAUCCGGUUUUGGUCAACGCGGUUAAACCACUGCAAUCAGUAUUAAGCGCAGCGAACCCGGCUGCGGUUGCUGCAGCAGCCGCCGCCGCUGCGGCCGCAGCAGCAGCAGCUGCUGCUAUUCCAAAUGCAACGGCAGAAGAAGUAUUCAAAAAAGCCCAAGAAAAGCAACAGGAAGAAUUACAAAAGAAACUCCUGGAAGAAGGAGAACCACAGACGCUGCAGCAACAAGAAACAAUGUCCAUCAAAGGACAAAGCGCACGUCAUUUGGUUAUGCAAAGGCUCAUGCGACCACGCGAGAGCAAGGUGAUUAUUCUGCGCAACAUGGUUGGCCCAGAGGACGUGGACGAAACGCUGCAGGAUGAGAUUCAGGAUGAGUGUGGUAAAUACGGUAUUGUGGAGCGGGUCAUUAUCUACAAGGAGCGCCAGUCCGAAGGCGAUUACGCCGAGGACGACAAUACGGAUGUGAUCGUUAAGAUCUUUGUCGAGUUCUCUCAGGCCGCCGAAGCAGAUAAAGCCCGCGAAGCACUCCAUGGUCGCUAUUUCGGUGGCCGUCUGGUCAAGGCCGAAUCCUACGACCAAGCGCUCUUUGACCAUGGUGACCUGUCUAGUUAGGAAAACAAAAAAAAAUCGACAAAGAGCGUGGCCACACUCUGAUCCACCAUUGAAUCCCCGAAUGCGAAGCGUUUCGUGUAGUAUGACAAAGCAAACUUAUUUCGAGUGAAAGUAGCUAUCACCCCAGCGCCAGUCAGGACUAUGAAUAAAGUGUACGAUCUAUUUUAUGAUUCACUAUUUACUCGUUGCGAGAGCAUGAAAAGAGCAAGCCACAAAUACAUCUUGGAAAAUUUACACCUAAGGACACAGACACAUACAUGUUGGGACACAAAGGAACAACAUGAACACGAUUAUGAUUUUCAAAGAAGGAAACAAUCUAUUUAUCCUACUAAUAUAGUUGUUAUUGUUAUUGCUCAGCACACACCCUGGCUGACUACCGUAAACUCAUCUACAGUCAAACGAGUAUGUACAUACGGGAACUUGGCCGUGGGCCUAUGCUAAACGGUAUAGCAUAACGACCUUCUUCCACUAGCAGGUCUGUUGUCUCCUGUUUGCCCAGGCAGUACACUUAUAGGGGAUAGUAGGAGAUUAAAAGAAUGGAUAAAAGGUUUUUGUUGUUUUGCUGAAAAGAGAAA